UUUUUGGGUAAAGUGAUUUUGAGUCUGUUGCUGUGCUUCACUCUGUUCCUUAUACAGCUACUACAACUUUACUCAGCAAUAGUCGAGCAUCUUCCAGGGUUUCAAGAUCCUCUUCCCUUUGAAAUGGAAACCGGGUACAUCGGUUUUGGGGAAUCGGAGGAAGUGCAGCUUUUUUACUAUUUUGUAAAGUCGGAGAAAAAUCCAGAAGAAGACCCUAUUAUGAUUUGGCUCACAGGAGGUCCAAGCUGCUCCUCUUUAAGUGCCUUCUUCUUUGAAAACGGCCCACUUAAUUUUGCUAUGGCACAGUACAACGGUGACCUACCCAGACUCAUUGUGAAUCCAGAGUCAUGGACCAAGGUGACUAGCAUUAUUUAUCUAGAUUCACCUGUUGGAACUGGAUUCUCCUACAACACAACAUUGGCAGGUUCUAUUACUGGCGACUUUGAAGCAUCUAAAAUGGUAUACCAGUUCAUUACAAAGUGGAUGAUCGACCACCCACAAUUUCUGACGAAUCCUUUCUACAUGGGUGGAAAUUCAUAUUCCGGCAAGAUCGUGCCAGUCGUUACUCAAGAAAUAUCAGAUGGCAAUGAAGCUGGUAUCCAACCGUAUAUCAAUCUUAAAGGAUAUGUACUUGGAAAUCCUGUGACAGAUCCAUUUUAUGACAUCAACAAAGUAGUGCCAUUUGCUCAUGGCAUGGGACUUAUACCAAAUGAACUUUAUGAGUCUCUCCAGAGCAAUUGUGGAGGGGAAUAUGUAGUAAUAGAUCCCAGCAAUGUCGAGUGUUUGGAGGACAUGAAAGAAUUCAAAAAGGACGAUGAAUAUCUUUUGCUGGAUUACUGGGCUAAUAUAAUUAGUGUGCGUAAAGCUCUUCAGAUCCGAGAGGGAUCCAUCGAAAAAUGGCGUAGGUGUCACCGUAGCAUACCUUAUACAUUUGCAAUCGAAAGCAGUGUCAAGUAUCAUGUAAAUCUUAGUAAAAAAGGUUAUCGAUCUUUAAUAUACAGUGGUGAUCAUGACAUGGUAGCAUCAUUCUUGGCCACUCAGGCAUGGAUAAAAUCUCUCAACUACUCUAUUGUCGAUGAAUGGCGGCCAUGGUUCGUGGAUGGCCAAGUUGGAGGAUAUACCAGGACCUAUUCCAAUCACAUGACAUAUGCAACUGUUAAGGGAGGAGGGCAUGAAGCUACAGCAUACAAGCCUAAGGAAAGCUUUGCUAUGUUCAAGAGAUGGAUGAUGGAAGAACCUUUAUUGAAGAAUAUCGAUGUCAUCGUCUUCGGUUGUGCUGGAAGCGGCGGCAGCGGAGGCGACAUAGAAGGCUUCUUCUUCGAUUUUGUGGGCGACGACAGAGGAGAAGUGAGAGAGAUGGGAGGAGCAAAGAAGCUGUUGCUGUGCUUCACUCUGUUCCUUAUACAGCUACUACAACUUCACUCAGCAAUAGUCAAGCAUCUUCCAGGGUUUCAAGGUCCUCUUCCCUUUCAAAUGGAAACCGGGUACAUUGGUUUUGGGGAAUCGGAGGAAGUGCAGCUUUUUUACUACUUUGUAAAGUCGGAGAAAAAUCCCAAAGAGGACCCUAUUAUGAUUUGGCUCACGGGAGGUCCAAGCUGCUCCUCUUUAAGUGCUUUCUUUUUUGGAAACGGCCCACUUAAUUUUGCUAUGGCAGAGUACAACGGUGACCUACCCAGACUCAUUGAGAAUCCAGAGUCAUGGACCAAGGUGACUAGCAUUAUUUAUCUAGAUUCACUUGUUGGAACUGGAUUCUCCUACAACACAACAUUGGCAGGUUUUAUUACUGGCGACUUUGAAGCAUCUAAAAUGGUAUACCAGUUCAUUACAAAGUGGAUGAUCGACCAUCCACAGUUUCUGAUGAAUCCUUUCUACGUUGCUGGAAAUUCAUAUUCCGGCAAGAUCGUGCCAGUCGUUACUCAAGAAAUAUCAGAUGGCAAUGAAGCUGGUAUCCAACCGUAUAUCAAUCUUAAAGGAUAUGUACUUGGAAAUCCUGUGACAGAUCCAUUUUAUGACAGCAACAAACAAGUGCCAUUUGCUCAUGGCAUGGGACUUAUACCAAAUGAACUUCAUGAGAGGAAUUGUGGAGGGGAAUAUGUAGAAAUAGAUCCCAACAAUGUAAAGUGUUUGGAGGAUAUGAAAGAAUUCAAAAAGUGUACUUCUAGAUUAAACAGUAGACAUAUUUUGCAACCAGUGUGUGAUGUUGGAUCUCCAAGACCUAAUAUGAUGGUUAGAGAUAGAAGAUCUCUUGGGCAAAUUUCUAAUGAGUUCCUUGAUCUAAAACUCUCUUUAACUGAACUCCGGUGCCUGGACUAUGAAUAUCUUUCAAUGGAUUACUGGGUUAAUAUCAUUAGUGUGCGUAAAGCUCUUCAGAUCCGAGAGCUGAGGAGUUAUGUGACAAAUUGA